UAAGAAGAAGAAGAAUCAGCUCUUUUUACUGUGUCACUUUUUCGAGAUGGCAGCUACCAGCUGGGAAAACUCCGUCAAAAGUCUGAAAGGUGUGAUUUUAGACAUGUGCGGCGUGUUAUAUGAUGCUGGAGAAGACGGCGGCACACCAAUUCCAGGCUCCGUAGAAGCGGUGAAAAGGCUAAAGGCCUCGGACCUGCAGGUGCGUUUCUGUACCAACGAGACCCAGGCCACACGGGAGGUGUUUGUAGCCAAGCUGCAGAGGAUGGGCUUUGAUAUCUGUGUGUCUGAGGUGUUCUCUCCAGCCCCGGCUGCCGUGGCUGUCCUGAAGGAGAGGGGGCUACGACCCCACCUGCUGGUCUAUGACGGUGUUGUCCCUGAGUUUGACAGUGUUGAAAAGGCCAACCCAAACUGUGUUGUCAUAGGAGACGCAGCAGAGAAGUUCUCCUACCAGAACCUCAACGAUGCCUUCAGAGUUCUCAUAGGGCUGGAGAAACCAGUACUGUUCUCUCUGGGCAGAGGGAAGUACUACAAAGAGGAUGAAGGCCUGAACCUGGAUGUUGGGGUUUACAUGAAGGCAUUGGAGUAUGCCUGUGAUGUAGAAGCUGAGGUCAUCGGGAAGCCAGACCCCAUGUUCUUUCAGAAAGUUCUAGAUGACAUGGGGAUUCAGUCACAACAGACUCUGAUGAUUGGUGACGAUCUGGUGAAUGAUGUGGGCGGGGCCCAACACUGUGGAAUGAAGGGUGUCCAAGUGAGGACAGGAAAAUACAGGUAG